CCAGCCGGCGCCGCGCAGCCCUGGGACCAGCGCUCGCCUGCAGUCCGCUCCGUGCCCGGCGGCCCCGGCGGCACCAUGCACCUCUCCCAGCUGCUCGCUUGCGCCCUGCUGCUCACGCUACUCUCGCUCCGGCCCUCCGAAGCCAAGCCCGGGACGCCACCGAAGGCCCCGCGAGCCCCGCCGGGGGAGGAGGUGGCCGAGCCCCAGGCUGCCAGCGGCGGUCAGAAGAAGGGCGACAAGACCCCCGGGGGCGGCGGCGCCAACCUCAAGGGCGACCGGUCGCGACUGCUCCGGGACCUGCGCGUGGACACCAAGUCGCGGGCGGCGUGGGCCCGCCUUCUGCACGAGCACCCCAACGCGCGCAAAUACAAAGGAGGCAACAAGAAGGGUUUGUCCAAAGGCUGCUUCGGCCUCAAGCUGGACCGGAUCGGCUCCAUGAGCGGCCUGGGAUGUUAGUGUGGCGCCCCCUGGCGGCGGACUGGGAAUUACUCCGCACGCUGAGGUCAUCCUUGGUCACCAGCCGCCGGCAUCUGGAAACACCUCCAAUGCGAUGUGGCUUUUACAUUUCUUUUUUUUUUCUUCCCCUGGUACUGGGAAUACACAACACCAGCUGUUUUAUUAUUAUUUGGGGU